GCCGGAUCGCCGUCAGCUUUUCCGCCCUCUGGGAAGACCUUGCCUUUAGCGGAUCUUAAAGCGAAUUCUAACAGGGCUGUUUUCGGUGGUUAAAAUUAUUAGUGCUCGGACCACUGCAGCUGAUUCCCUUUCAAGCAGUGAGCGUGUCACGUACACCCGAGCUUAUUUUCUGGGCGCUGUCAUCUUGUUGAUUUUCACGCUGUUUUCUCCGUGCUGCCUCAAGUGUAGUGAGUUAGUGGAUGGCUGAAAUUUGGCUCAACCAUUAAGUUGCUGAAAUGUUUUGCUGCUUGAGAACCGUGAGAAGCUUGAAGCUUUCAGCAGAGCAUCCACAGUUGAAAAUUCUCCAAAGCCAUAUGCCUGUCCUCAAGUUAUGUCUGGACAAGAUAUUGCUGCAGUGCAUUCUUCAGUCAAGAACUUUGUCAGGCGCUGAUGCCAUCAAUGCUCUCAGACCUUUCUAUUUUGCUGUACAUCCAGAUUUCUUUGGCCAACAUCCCAAAGAGAGGGAAGUAAAUGAAAACUCUCUGAAGAGGCUGAAUGGCUACUUGGAGAACCUACAGAAACCAGGAUUUCGUUCCUUUAAGCCAACUCAGCUUACUUUUUAUGUAAGAGAAAGAGAGCCAAACUCUUCUAAUGUUCAGGAACCCUUCAGUGCUUCAGGGUUUCGAGCAGUCAGUUUUACAUUACAUACUAGGGAUCUCCUGAGCACAGUACUAGAUAUUCUCAACUCCUGCAGUUUAUCUACAGAGCAUGUUCAGAGUUUGAAUGUGAACUCUCAGUCCCACAAGGAAGCAAAAAGCACAGUGAACAGACCUAUCAAAUGGGAUAAGACUUAUUAUUCAUUUACUGGAUUCAAGGAUCCUGAGGAGGAACUAGAGCAAGCCCAGAGAGUGGAAACAACUUUACUGUCCUGGCUAGAUGAUAAUGAAGCAAGUGCAGUAAAAAAACUGAAAAAGAGUUUGCCACUUAGAAAAGAAUUAGAACGUUUAAAGAUUGAACUUUCUCAUGAACUCCAGCUCUCAGAUAUCAGGUGGCAGAGAAGCUGGGGCAUUGCUCACCGCUGUAGCCAGCUACACAGUCUGGGCCGCUUAGUCCAACAGCGACCUGAAAUAUUAGAGAAUGUUAAAGGACGCACAGUGGUAUUUACAGACCGCUCGGGUAUGAGUGCAGCAGGUCACAUAAUGCUGGGGACCAUGGAUGUUCACCAUCACUGGACCAAAAUUUUUGAGAGACUGCCAAAUUAUUAUAAGCUUCAAAAAAGGCUGCUGCUUUUGGAAGAUCGGAUAAGCCAACUUCUGGGAGGCAUCCAAGUAAUAUAUAUUGAAGAACUGCAGCCUCUGUUGACUCUAGAAGAGUACUUUGAGACUCUGAACUCUUUCUAUAAUAAACUACAUGACAGCAGAUUACCUUUUCAUCCUCGCAGUCUGCGAGGCUUGCAAAUGAUUCUGGAAAGUGACAGAUAUGCACCAAGCUUACAUGAACUUGGACACUUCAUGAUCCCAACGGUCUGUGAUCCAGCAGCACUUCAAUGGUUUAUUUUUGCCAAAGCACAGGAAGCAAGAGAGAAUUUGAAAAGAAAGGAGGAGAUGAUGAUUACAGAGAAGGAGCUAAUCAACACUUCCACGGAAAGAUUUUCUUUGGAUCGGCUGUAUAAGGAACCCAGUGUUUCCAGUGCACAGAUGAUAGAUUGUUGUAAGCGGCUGCUGGAGGAAUCCUUACCCUACCUACAAGGCAUGCACCUCUGCAUUUCGCAUUUCUACUCUGUGCUGCAGGAUGGAGACCUGUGUAUACCUUGGAACUGGAAAAACUGAGGGAUGUAUCUGAUAAUCAGAUGAAUUGUUUUAUUUUCUGUAAGAGUUUAUAAAUAUGAAUGUUUUUAAGAGUAAAUUAUUUAAAUCUGUAUUUUGAUAUCAGUAUUCAGCUCACAGAUUUUCUUUCAACUGCUGCUGAGGAAGGAUUGCAGUUCUAGACAAUUUGCACAAUGCGCAGUAUUGGUAGUCCUGGGAAAGACAUCUGUACGUUAUCCAUUCUACAGUAGGAGUCCCAGUGUAUGGUUACAGUUGUGAAACCACAUUUUUGUAGUGAAUUCUGAAAAUACAUUAAAUUUCAAGUCUGCAAAAA